AUGAAGCAAGGACUAAUACGCGUCCUCUCAGUGAGAUGCUCGUGCCUCUUUCCUCCACAGAUAUGCAGUGAGGUCUAUGCUCGACAAUCUGAUUUACCCUCAGAGGCACCUUUUUGCGUUGCCACCUUUGCUGCCACUCUGGGGCCUGAAUUUGGUGACACAGGCGCCGUAGCGGGUGUGCUGACAACCUACGUGCUCCCGGAAGCUGGCGCAUCACUGUAUGUUGCUGUACUUGGAACCUGCCACACGCUUGGGAAGAACUUCGACCCUCUUCUUCCACAUUAUUAUACAGAGGGAUGUGCUCAAAGUAAUAUAGAGUUUGCCCACGAACAACAAAUGGAGAAAGAAGGAAAUCGGUUUACGUGGCAGUGCUUCUGCUUUCGGGGCGACACUCUUCCACUGGAGAAUCUUCACCCCGCCCUCACCUCUCUCAUCUCAUCAGAUCCCUGUUCUCCAGAAGGCAAACGAAUCAUAUUGUAUGGUGUUGCGUGGACCAUGGGCACACUGGAGACCAUUCACAAUAUUUGCUUUAAGCCAGUGCCACGUUUAGUCUUUUAUAAUGAUAGCCCAAUUCUCCGUCUAUCUGUCACUCUUAUGAGCAAGCGAGUAGAAGCAUUGCAAUUGGUACCGCUCCCUGUAUUAAUCUCUCAGUAUCAGAGCUGGAUAACCCGUACACUGAUCCCUCCGUCGCUCCGCCCCACACACUGUUCAGGUCCAUCCACAUCUGCUUCCUACAUCUCGAUUACUUCUGAUGAGAGUUCUGAAUCCACAUCUGUUGAGAGUGAUUUGGCUGAUCUCAUUAUCUCCAGGUUUUCUCCAAUACCGGCCCUUUGUCAGCAGAAGAGCCACUACGGCAAUGAGAUAUUUGUUAUGUUUGCCCCCACUAUUCCACCUGCAGGUAAGACAGACUUUUUGAGGAACGUCUGCAUGUUUCCGGGCCAAGGUCUCAGUUAUGAGGACAGUGGCAUGGGCGUGACUGUGGGAAGCUUUUAUGUCUACGAGCGCUUUCCCCAUUCUAUCGGAGCGGUUAGAUUAGGCUUUGAACACUAUGAGAGCUCCCCUGAUGGCAUCAUUACAUAUCUUGGCUUAGCAAAGACAACUCCGCCGUAUACAGAAUCAGAGCCCCCAAUUGAAUUCGGAUUGGCUGUUACUUACGUCUACGCAGCCCCGGACAGUAGUCCAGCUGUGCAGGCAAGCUCAUCCAAUUACCGGCACAUACGGUAUUACAAUGCUCGUGAUCCGUUUACGUACAUGAGCAGCGCUUUCCACAUGCCGUUUCUUCUUCGUAACAAGGCUGGCGAUGUAGAGCCAGAGCUUCUCCGUGCAAGCCAGUGCGAGCUCUUUCUCGAGCUCCACCGGCCUCUUUACGGCGCACACUCUGGUGGAACGUUCUUUCUCUUCAAACUGAAUAAGGCCGCGGGAGCGGUAUCUGUUGCUCUUCCAUUUUUCACUGGCAAGCUUCAACCGCCAAGCAAAACCUAUCCCCGUUAUAAGUCUCAAUUGACGUACUACCCCAUCUGCACCAGUGGUACUGUGGCAGGAUACUCAGCCCUCUCCUUUCUGAAGAGCGAUGCUGCCGUCGGGUCGGUGGAUAUUAAAUCAUCCAUCAAUCUAGAUUUAAUUCAAUUCUUGCUGGAGUGUGUGGAAUCGGUAACAUACAAGCAGCGCGAUCGACUUGUAUUCCCGAUCAUUUUGUACCGCAUGCUUCCCCGAUCAUUUGGUGCUUACUGCCUCGACCUCGGAGCAACGUGUAUUCCACGUGCAGGUGGAGCACCUGACACCCAGGUAUAUCCUGAUUGUGCCAUUUUCUACACUUCCUUAUCGAACUCUCCAUCAAACCAGGAUGGUUGUUACUGCUAUAAACGAGCGGAGGCUGCAAAGUACUAUCAAGAGCAGCUGCAUAUUCCUGGACCACGGGCCUAUGUUGCACAAAUAGGGACCAGGGAGAUACGCUGGGACACUAGAUACAGUAGGCCUUUACCCAACAGCGCUGACCCAGCGGCCCGUGUUCUGGAGGAGCACUUUUGUAUUAAGACAAGCCUUUGCCCCUACAUUCCUACGUCUCCCAAUUACUAUGUCCUUGUUCUUGCAGAUCUAUUGUCAAAUCUUCAAACUGUUGAGCCCGACGAGCAACAGCAAGGAAACCUAAGGCUCUUUCUGGAAACAUAUAUUAGUACGAUAAUAGUGGCAACUGAAUUCACAAAAGCCAAGAUCUCGGCAGACGCUCGGCAAUAUUUACUAACCCUUCACGAUUUCACACUCCAAAAGGAUAGUAGCAUGGUUGUCUAUUGCAAGAAAUAG